CAGUGAGUGGGAACGGAUGAAUGUUUUUAUUUGCACUGCUCGCUGCCGGAGCUGUUUUUACCUGUUGAACAAAUAUUUAUCGAAAUCGAAAAAUUGUUUUGGUGCUGUGUUGACGAGCUACGAGGAUGGAUAAAUACGCCAUCAACAAUCUGGUUGGGGAAGGGUCCUUUGGGAAAGUGUACAAAGCCAUCGAUAAGGAGUCCAAAACUACGGUUGCCCUCAAGAUUAUUAGCAAGAGGGGGAGAUCGGGACGCGAACUGAAAGGACUCCGGGGAGAAUGUGAAAUACAACGAAAUCUUCAACAUCCGAAUAUAAUCCGAAUGCUGGAUUCUUUCGAAACAGAACAUGAAAUUGUGGCAGUGACCGAGUUCGCUCGGACUGAUUUACACAGUUUGCUUAGGGAUGGAUCGCUCGGAGAGCCAAAGACUCAGAAAAUCACCUACGAUCUGGUUUCGGCGCUGUACUACUUGCACUCCCAUCGGAUUCUGCACAGGGAUCUGAAGCCACAGAACAUUCUGAUGGACAGAAACAUGACAGCAAAGCUGUGUGACUUUGGGUUUGCACGAAAUAUGACGAUGGGAACUCAUGUGUUGACGUCAAUCAAAGGAACGCCUCUCUAUAUGGCACCGGAGCUGCUGGAGGCCAAACCGUACGAUCACCAUGCCGAUCUGUGGUCACUGGGUUGUAUUAUUUACGAAAUGCUUGCGGGAGAACCUCCGUUCAGUUCUACAUCGAUGAUACACUUGGUCCGCCUCAUCCGAAAUCAGUACAUCAAAUGGCCCAGUUUUCUCACCACCAAUUGCAUAUCCUUUGUUCAGGGACUUCUGGAACGAGAUCCCUCACAUCGAAUGGCCUGGAGUAAGAUAAUAAGCCAUCCAUUUGUAAAGGGACACAUCGUGAUUCUCAAAGAGGACAUUCCUGAAUCUCCCUUCACGAACCCACUCACUGCCUCGCAGUGCCACGAAAAGAAAAAGCAAACCAACCGGAUAAUGUACGGUGAAAACUAUGAAUAUUUGCAGUCAGGAUCGAAGCGACCACCUAAAACGGCAAAGGGUUCCAACGAAGAAGACUUGGCCUCUUCAAGGGAUAGCAUGAACGUGAUCCUGCAAAGUGACAUGGAAUACGUGGAAACGGACGCGGAGGAACUUGGUGCUGGCUCGAUGAUGCGAAAUAGCCAACACGAUGAUGAGAAAAGCAGCAUAGUAGAAGUGCCACGAAAUCUCAAUCCAGAAGACUUUACGGUAGAAUACCACCAUCCGUUAGGAGAGAAUGCUGAAAUCGUACAGGACAAUCCAAACCUUGUGAUGAACAAUUUCAACGAUAAUUUCCCAAUGUUGGACAAAAAGGGACAGAAGAUAAUCGGUCCCAAUGAACUGGCAACUAGACUGAAUAGUAUGAGCUUACAGAACCAAUCGCUUAGGUUUAAAUCACAAGAAUUGGAACGGAGGAAGCUCAGUCAGAAUAUUGACAACUUCUCAAUAAGGUUGGAAAAGAACUCUCAGAGCAUAAGUAAGAAGCCAGAAGAGGACUCCACUGAGAUUGACAAAAAGCCUGAGAAAAUGACCCCAACUCUGCUGCCAGGCUGGGACUCGUGUGACGAAUCUCAAAAUCCACCCAUAGAGAAUGAAGAAUGGUUGGUGUUUCUGCAGAAAUCCAUGCAGGAAAUCCUCGACGGAGAACUAGACUCUCUAAAACAACAAAAUUUCGUCAGUAUAAUCGUUGCCCCUUUACGAAAUUGUCGUGCCAGUGCCAAAGUGAUAGAAAACGUUGCCCACCUGCUAAGUCUUCCGUUGGCAAUAGACGCCCCUCCCGCAAUAAUCCACGACAUCCUAAGCGUAUACGCCGAACUUAAGCUCGUUCCAAACCUGGUGUACGCCUCCAAACUCCUGUGCAAUAAAAAACUAACCUCCUCCAACAGCGAAAGCCAGUCCCACUCCCCAACACCGGCCCAGCUAACCCAAUCGGACGCCUCGAUCCGACAGCUGUCCUCGCUGGAACACGACGAGGUCAAGACCCUCACGGCAGUGUACGAUCUCAUCUGUUUCCUAAUUCACUCGGGGGAGAACUUCCUGAACCAGUUUUGCGACGCCAUCGAGAUCCUGGGCGUGAAGGAGCUGUUUGUGAACUUCAUCAACGCCGUGCGGACCAACGACGGGUACGUGAAGCUGAGCUGCUCGAUUCUGGCCGUACUGAACUGUGCCUUGCGGGAGCUGCCCGAGAACGCGGAGAUCAUCGAGCAGGUUGUGUUUCACGACAACGUUGACCUGAUUCAGAUGCUGAAGCACGGCGACUCGAUACUGAGGCAUAGAACGUGCAUGCUGUUGAGAAUUUUAGCACGGUUUAGCUGCCUGGCGCUUCAGAAACACUGGAACAACGAAAUCAAGGAAUCGUUGGAGUCACUGUUGGAAGAUCGCGAUUUGGAAGUAAAAACUGAAGCACAAUGUGCGCUCGAUGAGUUCAAAUAUCUGUCGUUCAUCGCUGCUGAGACUGCAUGUUAAAAUAAAGCUAUUUUUAAACAUUUGUA